AUGGAACAUCCACCCACCCUUCGUUUCUCCUUACAACUUCAAAUCUUUCUCUCCUUUGUCCUAAGCCUUGCAUUCCUCACCACCACCACCACCACCAUCACUCAGGGUCAGGAGGAGGAGGAGGACCAAUUUGUCUACUCGGGCUUCUCCGGCGGUGGGGGUACCGGCCUCGGCCUCACCCUUGAUGGCACAGCCACGGUUACACCAGAUGGGGUUCUCAAGCUCACCAAUGGCACUCUUCACCUCAAGGGUCAUGCUUUCUACCCAACCCCAUGCCGAUUCCGCAAGUCGCCCAACGGGGCCGUGCAAUCCUUCUCGGUCACCUUCGUGUUCUGCAUGGUCCCCGUCUACUCGGAUCAAUGCACCGAUGGCAUGACUUUCCUGAUCUCUCCCACCAAGGAUUUCUCAGGUGCACAACACUCUCAAUACUUGGGCCUCCUCAACAAAACAACCGAUGGCAAGCCAAGCAACCAGAUUUUUGCAGUCGAGCUUGAUAGCAGCCAGAAUACAGAGUUCGACGACAUCGAUGACAACCAUGUCGGCAUCGACAUCAAUAGCCUCACCUCCACCCAAGUCCGACCGGCUGGCUUCUAUGAUGACAAGAAGGGCGGUGCCUUCAACAACCUGACCCUCGUUAGCCGCAAAGAAAUGCAGGUGUGGGUGGAUUAUGAUGCAGAUACCACAAAGAUCACUGUGACCUUGGCUCCCCUCAAGGUAGCCAAACCGUCGAGGCCACUGGUCUCAACCACCUACAACCUCUCAACGGUGCUACGAGAUAAGUCCUACCUCGGGUUCUCGGCUUCAACCGGUCCGAUCAACUCACUGUACUGUGUGCUUGGGUGGAGCUUGGGCAUAAACCGUGCUGCACCGGACAUUGACAUGACCAAGCUGCCAAAGCUGCCUCGGAUUGGCCCCAAACCUCGGCCAAAAGCUAUGGAGAUCGUCCUACCAAUAGCCAGCGCCACAUUCAUAUUUCUUGUAGGAACAAGCAUAGUCCUAUUGGUGCGGAGGCGUAGGAAGUAUGCCGAGCUACACGAAGAUUGGGAGGACGAGUAUGGGCCACACCGCUUCUCGUACAAGGAUUUAUUCCAUGCUACUCAAGGGUUCCACAAUAAGAACCUACUCGGUCAUGGAGGAUUCGGGAAGGUGUAUAAGGGCGUGCUCCCGGUCUCUAAACUGGAGGUUGCGGUGAAGAGGGUGUCCCACGAGUCAAAGCAAGGAAUAAAGGAGUUCAUCGCCGAGAUUGUGAGUAUCGGCCGUAUCCGCCACCGCAACAUCGUCCAGUUACUUGGUUAUUGUAGGAGAAAAGGUGAGCUCUUGUUGGUGUAUGAGUAUAUGUCAAAUGGCAGCCUUGACAGGUACUUGUACGUCCAAGAAGAAGAGGACGCGCCCACUCUAGAUUGGGGUCGGAGGUUUGAAAUCAUCAAAGGCGUCGCGUCCGGCUUAUUCUACCUUCAUGAGAGGUGGGAGAAAGUCGUCGUCCACCGAGACAUCAAAGCAAGCAAUGUGCUUGUUGAUGGUGAAAUGAAUGGGCGGCUAGGUGACUUUGGGCUUUCAAGGUUGUAUGAGCAUGGCACCGAUCCGCAAACGACACGCGUGGUGGGCACCAUGGGGUAUUUCGCCCCGGAGCUAGCGCGCACCGGUAAGGCGACGCCUCUAACGGACGUUUACGCGUUCGGCAUCUUCAUCCUGGAGGUGACCUGCGGACGGAGGCCAAUUGUUGACAAGGGUGUGGAAGAGGAUGAUGGUUCAGAGAUACUGGUUGACUGGGUUGUGGAGCAUUGCCGCAAAGGGUCGCUCAUGGAGACAGUGGACAUGAGGCUGCGAGGGAGCAGCAGCGACCCCGAUGAGGUAUGUUUGGCGUUGAAGAUAGGAUUGCUGUGUGCGCAUCCGUUCGGUAAUGUAAGGCCGAGCAUGCGGCAAGUGAUGAAGUACCUGGACGGCGAGACGCCGGUGCCGGAGCUGAUGCCCACAACCUUGAGCUAUAGCAUGAUGGGGGUGCUGCAGAAUGAUGGUUUCAGCGACUACGCAUCACUGAGUGCCACGGUUAGCAGCAGGAAUGGAAUCACCUCCAGCUCCAGCUUCUCAGCUGGAAGAUGA